UUCCCUCUCAGUCCUCCUCCUGCAACUCAGCCGCCACCAGCUCUUUUUCCCCCUCUGAAGUCCUGCAAGACGCCACCAUGAGCCAGUUGUCCCCAAGCUGCAAAUCAGGGGAUGGGGGAAAGGACUUCAGUUCAUGUUCUGCCCACUGCGGCAGCGUCGGGGUCGGGAGCAGCUCAUCCUCCAUCUGCCAGUCGGGGGAGAGUAGAGGUGGAAGAGGGUACUUUGGUUAUGGAUAUGGUAGCAAAAGUCUCCAUAACCUAGGCGGGACCAGGAGAAUUUCUGUCUGCGAUGGCUACCAAGGAGGAGGAAGAGGAUACGGGGUUUGUUGGGAGAGAUAUGGUGGUUGGGGUUAUGGCAGAGGAGGAUUUGGUGGUGGAAAUUUCGGUGGAGGGGGAGCAAGGUUUGGGGGCAUCUGCAGAGGAGGUCUCGUUGGAGGUGGCCUCGGAGGAGGAGACAUCGGCCGAAGCUGGGGCAUCCAAGGAGUCCACGUCAAUGGAAACCUGCUACGCCCAGUGCACAUGGAGAUCGACCCGGACUUCCAGAGAGUGCGGGCACACGAGAAGGAGCAGAUUAAGUCCCUCAAUGACAAAUUUGCCUGUUUCAUCGAUAAGGUGCGAUGCCUCGAGCAGGAGAACCAAGUGCUCCUGACCAAGUGGGAGCUCCUGCAACAGCAGGGGGGACAAACAGGUGUCCACCGAGAUAUCGAGCCCUUUUUCCAGUCUUAUAUUUGUCACCUGCGGCGGCAGAGAGAUACCCUGCAGAGCCAGAAGGAGGAGCUGAAUUUGGAAGACUGCAAGAUGCUGCAGAUCGUGAAUGAAUACAAGGCGAGUUACGAAAAGGAAAUCGACAGGCGCCUGUGCACAGAGGAGGAGUUCGUGAACCUCAAGAAGAACCUGGACUGUAUCUACAUGGGCAAAAUGGAGGUUGGGGUGAAGGUGAACAUACUGCGGGAGGAGAUUGAGUUCCUGAAAUGCCUUUACGCAAUGGAGCUGUCUGACGUGCAACGCAUAGCCCAGGACACCAAUGUUGUUGUGUCCAUGGACAACUGCCGAGACCUGGAUGUCGAAGGUAUCAUUGCUGAGAUCAGACGAGAGUAUGAGGGCCUCGCGCAGAAGAGCCAAGCCGAAGUGAACGCCGUGUACCAAAGCAAGUACCAGGACCUUCACAACACAUGGGGCAGGCACUGUGACAGGCUCAGGACCAGACAGCACGAAAUCCAGGAGUUGACCAGGCUGAUCCAGAAACUGAGGCUGGACAUUGGAGAUGUAAAGAAAAAGAAUGCCUGCCUUCAGGAAGAGAUUGCUGACGUGGAACGGCGUGGUUGCUGUGCCGUCAGCGAUGCCCAGGAGAAACUCCGGGAGCUAAGGUGUUCCCUACUCAAGGCCAAGGACAACUUAGCCCACCUGCUGCGUGACUACCAGGAGCUGCUGAAUGUCAAGAUGGCGCUGGACAUUGAGAUUGCCACUUACAGGGCACUUCUGGAGGGAGAGGAGUGCAGGUAG